AUGGCCGGGCGACUCAUGCUCAGCAGCAUCUCGGAGGAAGAGGCCUCUAUGCUCCACGACAUCAUCAGCAGUCCGAGGUCGUCCACGACAGACGGCUCGUCGAUGCUUCCUUUGACGAGCUCCAAGCUGCCGGCCAAGGUCAAGCCGACGCGGAAGCGCAAGCGGCGCAAGUCCCUCGCGCAGCUCAACGAGACGCCAGAGCAGCGCGAGCAGCGACUGCUGAAGGACCGCCUGCGCAAGCAACACAGCAAGGAGCGUUUUCAGACCGAGAUUGACGAACUCGAGCAAACCGUCGGCGUCCUCGAGCAGCAGCUUGUGAUGGCGCACAAUCGGAAGCGAGCCGUGAUCCACGAUGCGGCGUGGAAGUCGCGGGCGUUCGACGAGAAGCAGCGCUUCGCCCACGCGAUGCAGACGCGCAACACGCUCUUCAACGAAGUCGUCCACCUCAUCGAGAAGGCCGUUCUGUACAAGAACAUGACGUGGCGGCAGGCCGAGGGCGAGAUGAUCAUUGACCCGAAGCGAGAUCCGUGGCAAAUGCAUACGUUGGCCUCGGACCCGGUCCAGCGCGCCCAGCACAUCCGCGCGAUCGCACAGUACCAGUUGCAGAAGCUCACGCCGACCUUGUACAGCAAGUUUCCACGGUCCGCGACCGAAGACAUGAUCAACCUCGUGCUCGACGAGCGAGGCCAGGACAUUGCGUUCAUGGAAGUCCGCAAGUACGCGGUCUUCCAGGCCGACUACCGCGCGCUCGCCAACUCCAUAUUUAACGGCCUCGCGUCCACGUCGGGCGAGAACCGCUCGGUCGAGUUUUUUGGCGACGACCUUGUCAUCUCGUCGUUUCCAUGGGGGGGCGUCGUGCGGCGGCUGUGCCUCCAGCGCCUUAUCGACGGUGACCGCGUCUUCCUCAUGCACCGCAGCAUCCUCUACGACGAGACGCUGCGACACGACGUGCCCGAGCACGUGGCGUCGUGGUGGGUCUUUGAGCGCAUGCCCGACACGCCGUCCGGGCUGCCCAUGUGCACGCUGCGCAACUACGAUCAGUGCUCGGUCGCGACGACGCCGGCCAAUUCGAGCAAGGACUAUGGUCUCUUCAUGCGCAGGACGGUCGAGAACGAAGAAUGGACCAACCGGUACCUCGCCGAGCGCUUCCACUGCUUAAUGAUCAAAUAGUACCAGCAAAUCGUUUCUCUCGC